CCUAAGUGUUUAUGUUUAACUUGACGCAGCGGUUGAACUGACAGAAUCAGAAAAACUGAAAACACCACACCGGCAAGCAAGCAACCACUGAAGUAUGCCAACAGAUACACCCGGACCUCCCACAGCCUGCAGUCAGACUCCACAGCUGCAGGGCUGAACUUUCCCGAUCCUCGAAGACACUGACGGUGCAGAAACAGCUCUGAUCACUGCGGACAGUGAGGUGGUUUCCUCUGGAUCACACAGGGUGGUGACGCCACGUACGACGAUCAGUGGAACAUCAAGCGAGUUUCAGCACAGCCGAGUUGUGGGUUGAAGCACAAUGUGAAGCCAGCGAUGAUAUAUUUCGUGGAGAGUUGGGAGAGAAGACGUACCAAAAUAAAUCUUUUCAAAAAGGGAUGUUUUCUGGAGGCGAUAUGGGCAGGACGAGGUCACUUUAGCGUCUUCUAACGUGUCUCGCAGCGUGGCACACAACCACACCAGAUAAAACAAUGUGCGAAGUUGCCAUGGAGGAGCAGGAGAGGGAGAUAUCGAACGUAGACCCGCAGGAGUGCCCCUCAGUGGCAGAGAAUGGGGUCAUGGUAGUGGUGAAUCACAGCCAGGUCCAUCCCCCUUUCAGCGUGGUGCUUUCCACCCUGCUGUAUUGUGCAGAGUUUAUCACGGCCGCAGUGCUCUGCAGCAUGUACCACAAGACCAAUGAUGGCAUGUGGAUGGGCUUCACCAUCACCUUCAUGCUGCUGCCUGCCAUGCUCAUCCAGCUGACGCUCACCUUCAUCCACAGAGACCUGGGCAGGGACCGGCCUCUGGUGCUCUUCUUGCACCUGCUGCUGCUAGGCCCAGUCAUCAGGUGUAUCGAGGCUCUGGUGGUCUACUUCAGGGCCGGUGGUAGAGAGGAGCCUUAUGUCACCAUCUCCAGAAAGAUCCACCUGAAGAAGGGACGGGGGUUACCUUUGGAGUUGGAAAUCGGCCAAACAGAGCGGACCCUGGCCACACACAGAAACGCCUUCAAACGCACGGCAGUCAUCCAGGCUUUUCUGGGCUCCACGCCUCAACUGACGCUACAGCUGUAUGCCACCAUCCAGGAGAAAUACUUCCAACCUGUGAGAUUGGCCUUGAUGAUCAUCACACUGAUCUCCAUCACAUACGGGGCCCUUGUGUGCAGCGUUCUUGCCAUCCAGAUCCGGUACGAUGACUACAAGGUGCGUUUGCGCCCCGCAGCCUACCUGUGCAUGAUUGUGUGGAGGGGACUGGAGAUUGCCACCCGGGUCACAGCUUUGGUCCUCUUCAGCUCAGCGCUCAAACACUGGGUGAUACUCGUCGGCCUGCUGAACCUGCUCUUCUUCUUCAUCCUCCCCUGGGCCGAGUUCUGGCACAAAAGGGGUUCGCUGGCGGAGAACGUGGAGAAAAACUUCUCUAAGCUGGGCACCACAAUAGUGCUGUGCAUGUUCACGCUACUCUACGCCUGCAUCAACGUCUUUUGCUGGUCGGCCGUGCAGCUCGACCUCACACACAGGGAGCUCAUCGAGAGGAAGCAGCGCUGGGACCGCCUUGCUCUCUACUACUGCGGACGAUUCUUGGAGAACUUCGUCCUCAUCACACUUUGGUACUUCUUCAAAUCAGACUUCUUCGAGUACGUGUGCUCGCCGCUGCUGGUGGUGCAGCUGCUCAUUGGGUACAGCGUGGCCGUGCUGUUCAUGCUGCUCUUCUAUCAGUUCUGCCACCCCUGCAGAGGCCUCUUCAAGUACAACGUCCAUGACUGCUUGCACUGCGUCUGCUGCCAUAUAGGGGGGAAGAGGGGGAGACAAGGAAAGCCGCAGGCCUCGUACUCAACUGCUGGCACCAUGGUGCUGGUGCCAGAGGAGCCGAUGGAGCUGCUAAACCCCCUAAACUCAGAACCCCCUGAUCUCACCAGACAGCUGGGAGAGCGGGAGACGGAUAUUGUUGAUGAUAUGAUGGAAGCAGCCUGAGGAGGAGUUUUGGGCCGAAGGAAAUUAACACAUUUUCUAAUGUCAAAAUGCAUCCAAGAUGUUGCUUAGGGUUGCACAACUGAACAAGUUUUUUGAGUCUUUCAACACAGAAACCAGAGAGACUUUGUGUUUCAGAGAUAGUGAGGUGAAGCAUUAAAGGACAAAUGUUUGCAAAUGUACACAACUAACUGUACUCACUUGUGGUUAUGAGAUGGAUUUUGGUCUACUCCGUCUUUCUCAAGCAUGUUGCACAUUUUGGGCCCUGUAACACUAAAGAAUGUAGCAUGCAGAGAUAUGCAGAGAUGCACAAAGACCAGCCUCACACACAGCAGCAGGUCAUGCAUAAGUGGACUGAACCAGGUGUGCUGGAAACGUGCCAAAGUGUGUCCGAGGCGAGGAUCCCUGAAAGACUGAGCAGGACUCCCCCAGUAUUCUUCCUCUCAGCCCCCCCCCCCCCCCCCCCCCCCCCCUCAUUUGCACAUGCUUGCGUCAGCACUAAACAGACUCUUUAAAAAAAAAAGGCAGGAGGGUAAGAAAAGGUCAGAAGAAGAAUUUAUCUUCCUCAUACCCAGACUGCAGUGAUGAAUGCAUUGUGUUGUUCGCCGUCCAGCCUGGCUGUCUUGAUUGGGAAAAAAAAAAGAAACAGAUCCUGGCUCAGCCUUUAGAAAAUAUUAGGUGUUUGGCUCUGAAAAUUAACCUUAAAUAUGAUGAUUCAUUUACAAAACUGCCACUGAAUGAACUUUUACUUUGUCACAGUGCUGUCACUGCUCUCUUAAUGUUUUGUGGUGUUCAUUCGGUGCCUUAACUACUGCUGUUUUACUUGAAAAUUAAAUAAAAGAAUCUAAUGUC